AUGGAGUCCUGCGGCUAUGUGGCCGACCAGGUGAAGCGCUGGCCCAGUAAGGUGGGGCCCUACCGCGUGACACGCACGAUGGGCUCCACCGUGUCGGCGGUGCUUUCCUCGGCCUUCAAACUGCAGGGCCCCUCCUUCUCCAUCUCCUCAGCAUGUUCCACGGGUGCGCACUGCAUUGGGGUGGCCAUGGAACAGAUCCAACUGAACAAGGCCGAUAUGGCUGUGGCUGGAGCCGGAGAGAACGAGUGUUGGCAGUUCACCGCCAUGUUCGAUUGCAUGGGAGCCUUGUCCACGAAGCGCAACGCCGAGCCCACGAAGCUUGGAGAGCUUAAUAGCGGGAAGGCAUCCCGAGCCUUCGACAAGGAGCGGGAUGGCUUUGUGAUCGCAGGUGGUGGUGGCAUGGUCGUCCUGGAGGAGCUGGAGCACGCGAAAGCCCGUGGAGCCAGGAUCUACGGAGAGCUGGUGGGCUAUGCAGCCAACUCAGAUGGCUACGAUGUGGUUGCACCCUCUGGAGUUGGCGGUGAGAAAUGCCACUCGGUUGGCAAGAAGUGCCUCUUUUUGCGGACGACUACGCGAUUUGUGACUGAGGCGAGCUUCGCUUCGACGCUCCGAGAAUGGUUCGAAGAGAAGAAGGCCGAAGGCACCGCCGCCGCGGGGGGCGCCGUGCUGGGCGGCAUGCUGGGCGGGCCCAUCGGCGCUGUGGUGGGCUCCCAGGUGGCCUCAAAGAUAGGCCCCGUCUUGAACAAUGCCUUGGACGCUAUGGAGGUGGACGAAGGCGAUGAGGAGAAAGAGGAGGUGUCGAAGAAAGAAGCCAAAGAGACCAAAGAUGUCCAGGCUGGACAGGAGACGAAGCCGCCGACGGCCACGCCGACGGCCACGCCGACGGCCACGCCCGGUGGGGCGAGUGCUGUCGACGCUCCGCGGGUGAAGGCCACGGCAGCCACGCCGAAGCCAGCGGCUCCACCGAAGCCGAAGCCGAAAGCGGACGAGCUGCAGCAGAUCCGGGAGAAGCUGAAGGUCAAGCAGAAGACCUUGGAAAAGGAGAUCGACGAUCUCUACCACCAGGCUGAAGAAGCCUUGAAGGCCGGGGAAGAGGAUCGAGCUCGAGAAUGCUUGGAGGAGCGAGCCAAGCGCCAGAAGAGCCUCAAGGACAUGACUGAGGGACAAGAGAGAAGGGCAGAGCAGCGGAAGAAGAAAGCAGAGGAAAUCUACCACAAGGUUGCUCACCUGCACAGCCGAGUGACGAUGCAGCAAAAGGGUGUUUUCAGCGGCCGCAUGAAGCUGGCAUUGGCCAUGGCAGACCAGAUCGGAGGGGAGAAGGAGGUCACGUACGUGAACACCCACGGCACCUCCACGCCCAUCGGCGACGUCCAAGAGUUGGGCGCCGUGAAGCGAGUCUUCGAGGAGAGAGGCUACCAGCCCUACGUGGGGUCCACCAAGUCUAUGUCGGGCCAUGCCUUGGGAGCCGCUGGGGUCCACGAGGCCAUCUACUCGCUGCUGAUGAUGGACCGGGGCUUCCUGGCUGAGUCCAUCAACAUCGAGAAUCUGGUGGACGAAGCCGAGGGGAUGAAGAUCUUGACCGAGCGCCACGACGGAGAAGUGGCCCGUGACCUGGCUUCGUGCGCCACGGGCGGCGAGCGCGGAGCAGGGCGGAGCAUGGGCGGAGCUGGGGUGAGGUGA